CUGAUGAAGUUGUCUGAAAAGGAGACUGGGAAGAGAGCUUUUAUUGGAUAACAUUGCAUAACAAGAUGGCGAACAAACUGAAGGAGAUGGGGGUUGACACGGCAUUCGCCAGAAAACAGCUCGAGAAACAUGGCUGGGCUGAAGGAAAAGGUCUAGGUAAAGAGGAAAGUGGAAUUUCUAAAGCAAUCAAAGUGAACAUUAAAACCGAUACUGCUGGGGUUGGCUAUGAUGCUGGUGAUCAGUUUAGUUUCCACUGGUGGGAUCAUGUCUUCAACAAAACAGCAAAGAGUAUAGUGGUACAGGAGAGCAAUGAUGGAGUAGAAGUAGUGAAGUCUGGUAAAGAAUCAUGUGUAAUUAGUAGUAAAAGACCAAGCAAGAAUUCAAACAAGCCACUGUUAUAUGGCAGAUUUGUCAAGGCUUCCAGUCAAACUCCAAAAAGAGCACUCUCUGAUUCUGAGGAAGACACAGAUGAAGAACGCGAUUUCUCAAAUUUAAGCACAGAGGAUAAAGUUUUUCAAGCCUGUGGCGGAAGAACAGCUCACAAAGCUGCUCGACAUGGGUUCCGGUUGAAUGGCAAACUCCAGCGAGUUCUGGAACAGGACAAAAUAGCUAUGGCAACAAACAGCUGUAAAAGUACAACAGAGGAGAGUUGCGAUGCCAAUUUUAAUUCUAAGGAAAAUUGCAAGGAACAGAAAGUUAGGGAAAAGAAAAACAAGAAGUCGAAGAAAAAAGAAAAAGACCGUAAAAGUGGAAAAAUAAAGCGAAAAUAUACGGAAACAAGAAACGGACAGAAUUUUACGGAUGAGCGUGGUACUAAUGAAGGCGAUACGGACAACAAACAAACAAAAAAGAAAAAGAAAGCAAGAAAAGUGACUACAUAGUGCAAUUAUAUAUUCACGUACAACCAUUUAUAAUUGGU